AACAUAACUGCAAUCGAUUCUAAUCCUACGAACCAACUCUUGUCGCACUUCAUUUCUUCAUAUUUUCCAUAACAACUAACUAUGGCUCAGGCAGUGUCAUUGUCAACAAUUGCUUCACCUAUGCUGUCCCAAAAACCAUGCAACUCUGUCAAAAGCACACCACCUUGCAUGGCCUCAUUUCCAUUAAGGAAGCAAUUGCGGCCAGGACUGAGAAAUGUAAGAGCUCAGGCCAGUGGUGGUGGUGAUAACAAAGAUAACUCCGUCGAAGUUCAUCGUCUUAACAAAGACGAUCAACAAACUGCCGUAGAAAGAAAGCCUCGAAGAAGUGCCAUCGAUAUUUCACCAUUUGGUUUAUUGGACCCAUGGUCACCUAUGAGAAGCAUGCGUCAGAUGCUGGACACAAUGGACAGAAUCUUCGAAGAUGCCAUGACGAUUCCCGGAAGAAACAUUGGAGGAGGUGAGAUCCGUGUGCCUUGGGAAAUCAAAGAUGAAGAACAUGAAAUAAGAAUGCGUUUUGAUAUGCCUGGUGUUUCUAAGGAAGAUGUUAAGGUAUCAGUUGAAGAUGAUGUUCUUGUUAUAAAAAGUGACCAUAAAGAGGAAAGUGGUGGAGAAGAUUCAUGGUCAAGAAAGAGUUAUAGUUCUUAUGAUACAAAGCUCAAGCUUCCUGAUAACUGCGAGAAAGAUAAGGUUAAGGCUGAGUUGAAAGAUGGUGUGCUUUAUAUUACUAUUCCUAAGACUAAAGUUGAACGCAAGGUUAUUGAUGUUCAAGUUCAGUGAUGAUAGGCUUAAACUUGAAAAGUUGUGUGCUUUUUAUGCUAUCCUCCUCUCUGGGAGCUGAUGCGUUUUUUUUUCUUGUUUUAUCUAUAAAAAUGUUUUGUCGAAAUGUAGAAUAAAUAAGAUCAUUACUAUUUUAUAAAUGUCUAGUUUGACUAA